AUAUAAUCACCAGUUUCCAUUACUACAAUAAUAACACGUUGACGUUAAUAAUAAUCUUAUUAUUAGACGACAAUGCCACCACAAGAGAAAAUUAGUAUCUUUGAUAAAUGUAGAGAUGCAUGGCGGCUUGUUUGUCGCGAAGUUAAACGAGCGAGUGUCUAUUUAGACGCUCCUAGUAUAGAAAGUUUGCAUUGGUGCGGAGGUAUUGAUAUGCUUUAUCAAAACGGCGCUGCCGAAGUUAAACAAUUUAAUAUGUCUGAGAGUUCUAGUCAAGAAUACCAAAAAGCAGUUUUCAUUUUAUCGUCCUUAAUUGAAGGGGAAAUAAGCAGAACAUUAAGAAAUAUCAUUCAAUGUAGCAAUUUCCAAUACAUUAUUCUUAUAAGUGCAAUACCUCCAGCUAUGCACACAACUUUUAAUUACGGAAUAGGAGAGGCAAACGAAAAUAGAUCUUUCACUGAAAUGGAGACAACCCUAUGCGAUUGGAUGGGAAAUAUGAAUUAUACAGUAGAAGUUAUGUAUAUUCCAUUUGCUUUUUGUAACAUUCUACCAGAAUUAGUUAUUCUUCCGCAAGAUGGUAACUUUAUGCCGCUUUUAUCGAAUGAAUUAGAAGAACUAAUUAAAGCACAAGCAAAUCCAAAGAAUGAUAUGAAAAUUACCGAUUUAGAUUUUACACAUUUAAUGAAAGAAGGUCAACUGCAAUAUAAACUAUUGGUAACGGCAAUUGAUAGUUUAUUACAACAAUUAGGGAUAUGUGAAGAUAUAUAUUCAAUGGGAUUUACAUCGAAAGCUGUUGCGUCUGAAUUGGCAUCUCUACAAUCGGCUAGGCAGAGGAGAAAAAAUAAUCAACAAUUAAAAGCCUCAAUGCUCAUUGUCGAUAGGACGGCUGAUAUUCUUAGUGCAGCUGGUCAUCGACAAGACAAUUUAUUAGAUUAUUGUUUAAACGUUCUAAAACCAUUGGAAGAUCAUUUAGUUGAUGUUGAAACUGAUAUGUCUUACUUAAGUGGUUUACAUGCAUCCUGCAAAUAUACACUUGCUCCAGGUUGUUUAUCUCAACCUCAGUGUAAUCGAAGCAAAACGUUAUUAAAGCAAAUGGCGUAUUCGAAAUAUGACGACGCUUUAACAGCUGUUCUAAGGAAUUUAAUCGAAUCUGCAUCGAAAGAAAAUCUUUUAUCUAAACCUCCAAAGGUAUCAAGAAUAGGAGUGGAAGAAUUAAAAUCAAUUUUAAAUCUAUUCCAUAAAAAGAUAGAAACUAUGAAAUCCGAAUCUGGAGUAUUGCAGAUAGCUCAAAGUGUAAUUGAUGCAUUAAAUACAGAACAUAAAAGGAAACAAUUACUUGCCGCUGAAAAAGGGAUAUUAAUGGCUGAGGAGCCGUCGUCAGCCUUAUCGCAAGUAAACGAUUCGUUAAAAGCCGAUUUGAAAAGGGAUGAAGAAGAUAGAAUUUAUACAACGGAUGACUAUCUAAGUUUAUUAACAUUCGCCUAUUCCGCAUACAAUUGCGAUGACGAAAAAUGCGGAAAUUUUGAAAGAGAUAUAAAAUUAUCUCUAUUAGAAUUAAUUAAAAAUACUAAGGAAGAUAAUCUACCGGCAAUAACAAAGAAAUUAAUUAUUAAGAAAACAAAAGGAGAUCAAUAUAAAGUUCUAUCAGACUUAUUUGAUAAGUUAAAAGCCAUUUCCUCUUUUAGAAAUUAUUUUGGACAAUAUAGAGAAAAAUCUAUGAUACCAUCAGCGGCUACCAGUGUCUUACAAAAUAUUGCCAAAUCAAUUACAGAUAAUAAUAAACCAGAAUUAACUGAUAUUUCUCAUCACGCUACUGGAUUUAGGCAAUUAUUAAGAACAGGUUUUGGGUUUUUAACUGGUGCUACUAAAGCUCGGCCAGGGGAUCAACCUAUCCUUAUCUUUUGUGUACUUGGUGGUAUAACUAUACAAGAAGUAAAAUCUUUAGUCGAAACUAUUUCAGCAGCUAAUAUUCAGCCUAUAAUUCUGAGUACAAACAUCAUUAAAUCAAAUUCAUUCAUUAGCGAUUUAUUAAAUGAUCAUAUUAAACCUGAAACUAUGUCUAAAUAUACAAAAACUUUUACAUAA